GGCCAGGCCUAAGCAACUCAGAACAUGCAACCCCUAAGCCGGAAGCCCGCACCGCAGCCACCCCGACCAGAAAGGAUGGCGGCCAGCCCUUUCUGCGCCUGCGUGCGGAGCGUGCGCGGUGGGCGGGGCGGGCGGGGCGGGGCCCUGCCAGCCUGGACCCCCUACGGGGCGGGGCUGGGAGGAGCAGCGCCGGUCACCACGCCCCCGCGAGGGCACCUGCCCGCUUCCGGUCUGGCCUCCGCGUGCGGCUCCGGCUCCGAGGGCCGGACCCGAGGGGCCGGGCCGAGCCAGGGGUGCGAGCGGUGCCGUCCUGCUAGCAGGGGAGGCCCGGCUGCACUACGCCUGCCUGAGGCUGCAGACCCCGCCCGCCCGCGCCCCUCGUCCCCUCCGAGCACGGGUCCGCGAGGAGGUGCCGCGCGGGAACAGCAUUCCGAGGCCAAGGCUCCCCGGGUUUCCGCCAGCGACUUUUCGGAGGACGAAUUUCGUUCGAAACGUGGCUCUUCACACGAGUCCGGAGAAGGCAGAGUGAACGAUGCGGUAGGUUCUCGGCAGUCAGCUAGGAGAGAAGCGGCCUCUAGCUGCUUCCCCAGCCGGAGAGAAUGAGUCCACCGGCUCCACUCCCGACCCGAGGCCCCAGUCCGAGACCGCUGCCGAUCUUUCGCCCAGAGAAGGGUCGCCUCCCCGCGCCCCAGCAUCUAUUCCACCAGAAGCCGGGUCCCAGCGCGGGCAGCGCCAAUCCCGGGCCUGCGCUGCCCUUGCUGGGCAUUAAUGAAGUGUGCAGUCUAUUAAAGCGGUUUAUUCGGGGCUAA